UCAUAGGAGUGCCUUUUACUGUCUCUAUAUCAGCGAUUGUUGAACCAUAGAAAUUCUUCCUGCAAAGUCGCUGUGAAGAAGAGCUGAAUCAGUGCAGUCCUCAAUGAUUCAGUAUGAAACAAGACAUUAAGUACUAUGGGUUGAGGAACCAAGGAGCAACAUGCUACCUGAACAGUAUUCUGCAGGUUCUGUUUAUGACCAAGGAGUUCAGAGAGGCUGUAGAAAGAUGUCCUAUAGACCAUAAAGAUCGCAUUGAUGUUCAACUGCAUAGUUUGUUUGAAAGUUUAAAGGAAAGAACAUCAGAAACCAGAGACGUAACAAGGAAGCUGGGGAUAGAAAGAGUUUAUGAACAGUAUGAUUCUGGUCAGUACUUUGAGAAGAUUUUAUCUAUGGUCAGUGAUGAAGCAUCAAAGGUAUUUAAAGGACACCUGACCCACAGGACUGUUUGUGGUGGAUGUUCUGCACAUACUGAAGAAGAUGUGCCAUUUUGGUAUCUUUCUCUUCCACUGAUGGAUUCUAGUGAUCAAAACUACAGCGUGGUGAGAAACAACCUGCAGACUGGAAACCAUUUCAUUUCCGACCAAACUCCUGUCAUAAAUGUGAUUUGGGCUAGACAAUGA